UGUUCUAUUAGCAUGCAAGAGUCUGAGUCAGCAGAAGUAUUCCUGAAAGACGAAAUUCCCUCCAGGAAGAAUUGUGACUACAUGGUGGAGUUACCUCCCAUGGCUGCUAGCAGCAGCAGCGAGAAUAGCAGUAGCGAAUGUGACGACAGCGAACCAGACGAAGAUCACAAACUCAUUCGGCUGGAUGAGCCCAUGAUCACAAUUACUCAGGCGCCGGUCACAGAAGCGGACGUUCACUAUUCCGAAUAUUCUUUCGCCGAAAGAGAGCAGAUGGGGCUGGAUGUCGAAUCCCCGAUAAGCAUAAUAUCCGUGAAGAAACAGUCAUGGUCAUCAUCUGAAAGCUCGACAACAAACACGCCUACAGUUGAACCCCGCAAAGAUAGAGGCACAGCAAAGCGAAAGUUUCAAUCGGAUGAAGUUUUCAGACAAAAUGUAGAAAAAAUUAGAUUUCAAAAAUCAUCGAUUGAAUUUUUGGAGGAAAAAUUGCCGCCCUCCAGGUACGAUUAUCCGUCAUUUUUAACAAUUCCCCUUGACCAGCCUGAAGAAAAGAAUCCGAUUAAGCCGAUUGUAAGCAAAGACGAAAGCUUCGAAGACGAAUCAGCCUCUGCUUCCAAUGAGUGGGCUCAAAACUCCUCGAUUGAGCUGUACUCGACUGAAAACUCAAGCAGCGAAGGGGAUUCGCCUAUUUUGGAGUCGAAGUUGCGUUCUUCUGAAACUCUAGAGGCCACGGUUCGAUCCCCGGUCAGAGCGCAAGACAGAGUGUUAUCAAAAGCGGUGCAAAAGAAAGCAGGGAAUGUUAUGUCAAACAUUGAGUACAAUGGAGAUAACAAGCGACAAGAAAAACUUGUACAUAAAGAUACAACUUCGCUGCUUGGCGCUACUCUAAGCGCUUCUGGGUUUUCCGGAAGACGCUUCAGUGGAAGUGAUUAUGAGCAGGUACGAGGUCGAAGGAAUAUUCCGACGCGACACGAGUCUGCACGAGACUACGAGCAUAGUGUCUCUCUCGUCGCCAAUCGUGAGUCGGAGUAUAUCCGGCAACACCGGAGUCGCAACGCUUCUGUCGGAUCCGAAAGCCGAGUGCAAGCUCACAGUACGACUAAUAUUUACAUGUCGCUAUUGAAUAUCAUUCAGCAAAGUCACAGUUUAAUGACAGAUUUGGCACUUCAUUAUCAGCAGGAAAUUGGGACGUCAACGCCGUCACCAGUGCUUCAGGCGAGGUCCUCGCGACUCGAAUCAGAAAACAUAUUUUUUCCGACAAGUCCGAAUACGAUUCCUAAUGGACGAUUAUCGGGCUCAGUUAGCCACCAUGGAAACGGAAACGACUACGCUAGUUUAAACUAUGAAUUUGUGAACAGAUACCAACAUCCGCUUAACCGACAGGGAAUUUCACACAACGGGGACGUGAAAGAAAGUUUUGUUUGAGCACACAGUGCACAUUUGAAACAAUAUCAAUAACCAUUUUAUUUUUAAUUUUAAUUAAAAGUAAUUAAUUUGACGUAAUAAAUAAA